GGGGGGGAGACCAGGCUGGGGGCAGAGCGUGCGGAGCCGCGGAGCGGGCAGCGAGCAGGGCAGCCGGUCCCAGUCCAGAGCGACCCGGAGCCUCCGCGGGACUCGAGUCCUAGCGAACCUCGAAGCAUCAUCCGCGUCCGUCUGCGGCGUUCCGGCUUCUCCGGCGCCGCGCAGGAGAGCGAGCUCGUGCAUCACCCGCGCGGCCGCCGCUGGGGCUAAGAGCAGGGACACCGAGGGUGACUGACCGCUAGAACCCGAGCACAGCCCUUUCCAGUCGUCCAAACAGCCAUGACCCACUUCAACAAGGGCCCUUCCUACGGGCUCUCCGCCGAAGUUAAGAACAAGAUCGCAUCCAAGUAUGACCAGCAGGCCGAGGAAGAUCUGCGCAACUGGAUAGAAGAGGUGACAGGCCUAGGCAUUGGCACCAACUUCCAGCUGGGGCUGAAGGACGGCAUCAUCCUGUGCGAACUCAUAAACAAGCUACAGCCAGGCUCUGUGAAGAAAGUCAAUGAAUCCUCACUAAAUUGGCCGCAGCUGGAGAAUAUCGGCAACUUCAUUAAAGCUAUCCAGGCUUACGGUAUGAAGCCCCAUGAUAUAUUUGAAGCAAACGACCUCUUUGAGAAUGGCAACAUGACCCAGGUUCAGACUACGCUGGUGGCUCUAGCAGGUCUGGCGAAAACAAAAGGAUUCCAUACAACCAUUGACAUUGGCGUUAAGUAUGCAGAAAAACAAACAAGACGUUUUGAUGAAGGCAAAUUAAAGGCUGGCCAGAGUGUAAUUGGUUUACAGAUGGGUACCAACAAAUGUGCCAGCCAGGCGGGCAUGACAGCCUAUGGGACUCGGAGGCAUCUUUAUGAUCCCAAGAUGCAGACGGACAAACCCUUUGACCAGACCACGAUUAGCCUGCAGAUGGGCACCAACAAAGGGGCCAGCCAGGCUGGGAUGUUAGCACCGGGCACCAGAAGAGACAUCUAUGACCAGAAGCUGACAUUACAGCCAGUGGACAACUCAACCAUUUCUCUACAGAUGGGCACCAACAAAGUUGCUUCCCAGAAAGGGAUGAGCGUGUAUGGGCUUGGGCGGCAAGUGUAUGACCCCAAGUACUGUGCCGCACCCACAGAACCUGUCAUUCACAACGGAAGCCAGGGCACGGGCACCAAUGGGUCGGAAAUCAGUGAUAGUGAUUAUCAGGCAGAAUACCCCGAUGAAUAUCAUGGCGAGUACCCAGAUGACUACCCUCGAGAGUACCAGUAUGGCGAUGACCAGGGCAUUGAUUACUAGAGUCACACACAGGAGCGCAGUAUUUAGUCCAUUGUUUUAUCCAGUGAGACCCAAGCUAGCCUUGAAUAAUUCUUCUCUCGUCUUCCUGAAACACUAUUAUGCUUGUUGUACCUUUAAAGUAUGCCUUACGUACAUUCCUUUCUCCUUUUCCUGCCUCCUCCCUAAAUAGCUGCCUUCUAGUGCUGUAGCAAGGGAGCCCUACUGCAUAGCCAGUAACUCGCGUCUGUACCGUGGAAAGGGCGGAAUGAUUCUCCAGGACAGCCAGCUCUUUCAUUGAAGAUCUAUGCAUUUUUUUACACUUACACAUAAACUGGUAUUUUCGAACAAUAGGAAACUAUUUUUUCUCUUUUUUUACAGUUUUAGUACGUUUCUGGCUUGUACGUGGAAGACUAAAACAUUGAUUUGCUAAAAUGUGGUCUUUGCCAACUAAAAUCUGAGAUGCAGCUUUAGACCCUGACAUAUGGAUGUUUUUCUGCAGUCUUGUCUGCUAAGUUUUAAAUAAAGUCAUGAUCAGUGUGCAUUUGUGAUUACAUGUGUACUCAUUCUUUCCCUAAGCUGACGAGGUCUCUCCCGAGUGGCGCUUCGAAAGGCGUGCAUGCAGAAAUGGCCAAGGACAUGCAGGUUUGGGUGGUGUGCCUGCAGACUUCAUUUGUGCCAAUGUAUUACUGUAGAGUCGCUCUGUUUCCUUCAACUGUAUUUAUUGCUGCGUUUCUCAGCAUAAACUUAUCCCAUUGUAUUUUUUAUAAAUAAAUAUUUUUUUUUGAACAUU